UCCAACGGGGCAUCGGAGGAGGAGGUGUUCCUGGUAGCCAUCUUGGAUGGCGGACUGAUUGUUUAGCGAGAAGAAUUGACAUUUUAUUAAAUCUAAGCUUUUAUAUUCACUCUCUGAAGAUUUAUUGCAGCCAGACCAGUAAAGAAACUGAUCGGGGAAAUUCAGUGAAAGAGGCAUGAAGACAUCAUCCUAGUCGUCAGUCAUGGCCGAUAAAAGGAAACUCCAAGGGGAAAUAGAUCGAUGUCUGAAAAAAGUAGCGGAGGGAGUGGAACAGUUUGAAGACAUUUGGCAAAAGCUUCACAAUGCAGCUAACGCAAACCAGAAGGAAAAAUAUGAAGCUGAUCUCAAGAAAGAGAUUAAAAAACUACAGCGUCUCCGAGACCAGAUCAAAACGUGGGUGGCAUCUAACGAGAUCAAAGACAAACGGCAGCUAGUGGAGAACCGCAAACUUAUAGAGACGCAAAUGGAGCGGUUCAAGAUCGUAGAGAGAGAAACUAAGACCAAAGCGUACUCUAAAGAGGGGCUCGGCCUGGCCCAGAAAGUGGACCCGGCGCAGAGGGAGAAGGAGGAAGUCGGCACGUGGCUAACGAAUACGAUAGACACGCUAAACAUGCAGGUGGACCAGUUUGAGAGCGAAGUGGAGUCUUUAUCGGUCCAAACCAGGAAAAAGAAAGGCGACAAAGAGAAACAGGACAGAAUCGAGGAGCUGAAGAAGUUCAUCGAGAAGCACCGGUAUCACAUCCGAAUGUUGGAGACGAUUCUGAGGAUGUUGGAUAAUGACUCGGUGCAGGUGGACGCCAUCAGGAAAAUCAAGGAUGAUGUGGAGUAUUACAUCGACUCUUCGCAGGAGCCCGACUUUGAAGAGAAUGAGUUUCUUUAUGACGACAUCGAUCUGGAAGACAUUCCUCCGUCGUUGAUGGCUACGUCUCCUCCAGGACACUCGCACUUAGAGGACGAGAUCUUCCAGCACUCGAGCAGCACCCCCACCUCCACCACCUCCUCCUCCCCCAUCCCUCCUUCACCUGCUACAUGCACUACAGAAAACUCUGAAGAUGACAAAAAGAGAGGCCGAUCAACAGAUAGUGAAGUUAGUCAGUCUCCUGUGAAAAACGGAAACCCGUCGCUGCUCUCCUCCUCUUCCUCCUCGUCAUCCUCCGUCUCGGGUCUUACCUCUUCCUCGUUCGUCUCCAUGGCGACCAUCUCAGGGGGCGUGGCCAACAGCAGCAGCGUCAGCGUCAUCAAUAACAGCCUCAGUAACAGCAGCCACUCCCCCUCAGUCCACCUCUCCAACAACACCUCAGCGGGCAGCUACAGCAACGCCACGCAGCAACCGCCGCACCCUUUGACACAACCGCAAAGUAUCCUGCCCAAAAAUUCAAACUCCACUGCCUCUGCGCCAAGCACCAACAACCACCCAGCGUCUUCGGGGCCGUCCCCACCCAACGCUAGCAUUCAGGGUCCAAUCACGCCCUCGUCCCAGCCUCCCAUAGGGUCGACUUCCAAUAGUUUAGGGUUGAAUUUGGGGCUGUCUCUCAGUAAAGCGCCCGGUUCCAUAGCGACUAGCCCAAUGUCCAGCAGUCUUGGUUUAUCAGGGAUGCCGGCGUCCCUUAGUUCGUUAUCAGGCUUAUUAUCAAGUUCAACCCCGACUCCGUACGCCCAAGCUGCAGCGAUAGGAACUACUUCUGGUCUUCCUGGGUCGCUAGGCGGAGUUAGCACAUCUUUAAGUUCAGUUACAGUAGGCGGUCCCACGUCCAGUUCGGUGGUAGGGGGCGCUAUCGGGGCAGGGAUUUUGGGUUUGGGGUCUUCAGGUUCCUCCGCGGUGCAGGGGUCUUCGUUGCUCUCUCAAAGCCCAGGAGGGAAUCUGGCGCCGGGCAGCGGAGUGGGCGUCAUCGGGAGCAACGGAGCCAGCUCAGGGUCCAACAGCACAGGGAGCAACGCACUGUCCAUCAGGCCGCCCAGCCAGCAGAAGCAGAACGGGAGCUCCAGUUACAGUGCUGUGGUGGCCGACAGCACAACAGACUCCGCCCUCAACAGUGCCAGCCAAUCACAGAACAGCCAAUCCUCAUCUCUCUCCUCUACAGCCAAUCAGCCUAAAGACAGUGGCCCCAGUCUUCUGGCGUCCAUGAGUUUCUCGUCCAGCUCGCCGUCGCCCGCCUCCUUCAGUGAAGCCAAAACAGGAAGUGGGUCUCUGCUGAAUGGACCAAUGUCGUACUCUCAGCCCGGAGACAGCAUCAAGGAGCCUCUGAGCAGCCUGAAGUCGAUGGCCGAACGCGCCGCACACAGCUCAGGGUUAGAGGGGGACGUGUCCUCACUGCACCUGCCCACAGACAUGUUCCCCAGCUCCACGGCCCCCUCCGGCCCCCCCUCGGCCCCUCAGCCCUCUCUGUCAGAGGUGAACAUCCCGCCCUCUCUGGGGGUCUGUCCUCUGGGCCCCGUUCCUCUGUCCAAAGACCAGGUUUACCAGCAGGCCAUGGAGGAGGCUGCCUGGACGCACAUGCCCCACCCGUCUGACUCUGAGAGAAUCAGGUUACAGUACCUGAUGAGGAACCCCUGUCCCACGCUGCCUUUCCACCACCAGGUGCCACCACCGCACUCAGACACUGUCGAGUUCUACCAGAGACUGUCCACGGAGACGCUCUUCUUCAUCUUCUACUACCUGGAGGGCACUAAGGCCCAGUAUCUGGCAGCCAAAGCCCUGAAGAAGCAGUCGUGGAGGUUUCACACAAAGUACAUGAUGUGGUUCCAGAGACACGAGGAGCCUAAGACCAUCACCGACGAAUUUGAGCAGGGAACAUACAUUUACUUUGACUAUGAGAAAUGGGGCCAGAGGAAGAAGGAGGGAUUCACGUUCGAGUAUCGGUAUCUGGAGGACAGGGACUUACAGUGACCCCGCCUCCUCAGCGGGACGGUCCCAGGGACACAUGCACCCCCUCACCAGCAGGGGGCACACUCACAGAGAGAGGGGGGUCCGACCUGAUUCCAGCCCACAUUCCUCUGCUCUGCUCGGGACAGGCCUGGACGGGACAGGGGCAAACACGGACACUUUUUCCAGCCCUUCCCAAAAAGUCCUGCUGCUGUCCUCCUCACCAGGCACUACACGUCUCAACUGGAUUUGUUUUAGCUUUCCCAUCUCUGUCAGUUUGUUUGGCUUUAAAAAUAAUUUGUUUUUUUUACUUUUAUUAACCCCCUUAAGAACCAAAGAAACUGGUUUAGUCCCAUUUUUAGUGUGAAAAAGGCAGCUAGACUAGAAGCUUCUAACAACAUCCCUCCCUUUGACUUGGCUGACUCAGACAGUGGCAGUUCUGCAGCGGUGGGGCAAGAAAUGAUGGUCAAAUGUGACUUUUUCACAGAAUUUUGAGGUUUAUUAUAAAAUCAUGUUUUUACUAUUUUAUAAAAUCAAAUUCAGAAAAGACAGUGAUGUUUUAAACAUUUUGUUGUAAAAUAUAUAAAGGCCACUUUUUGCUUUUA